AGCUCAGCUGAAGUGUUUCAUUAACAGACUAACAACUAAACAGAACAACACGCUGAGAGUGAAACAUGUCUGAGGGAGCAGUGCUGCUGCUGCAGCUCAAACAGAGACUCUGUCGGUCCAUAGACGAAGCCGAAGCGAAGCUGCACAGCCUCAGUCAGGACAUCUGGAGCUGUCCGGAGCUGGCUUACCAGGAGAACAAGGCUCACAGCAGACUGGUGGAGUUCUUCAGUCAGGAGGAAGGCUGGAAGGUGGACGCUCACUUCAAGCUGCAGACUGCGUUUCGAGCAUGUUGGUCAACCAAAGGCAGCGAGCAGAAAGACGUGGUCUCUGUGGGCUUCCUGUGUGAGUACGACGCCCUGCCUGGUAUUGGACACGCAUGUGGACACAACCUGAUAGCUGAGGUUGGAGCUGCUGCGGCUGUGGGGCUCAAAGCGGUGCUGGAAAACACACACAAGCUGCCUGUCCGGGUGGAGGUGACGGUGUUGGGGACUCCUGCUGAGGAGGAUGGAGGAGGUAAAGUGGAUCUGAUAAAGGAGGGAGCCUUUGAUGGUAUGGAUGUGGUGUUCAUGGCUCACCCCCUGCAGGAUGACGCUGCAUAUCUCCCUCUUAUGGCCAUACAAGAUGUAACUAUAAAGUAUCAUGGUAAAGCGUGUCAUGCCUCCGCCUACCCCUGGGAGGGAAUCAAUGCGUUGGAUGCAGCGGUGCUCUGCUACAACAACCUGUCCGCACUCAGACAGCAGAUGAAGCCAGACUGGAGAGUUCAUGGAAUCAUAAAGCACGGAGGAGUGAGGCCACACAUCAUCCCUGCCUACACGGAGCUGGAGUACUAUCUGAGAACCCCGUCGAGAGCUGAGCUUUCUGUCCUGAAGGAAAAAGCCGAGAGGUGCUUCAGAUCAGCUGCCGUGGCAACCGGCUGUGAGGUUGAAGUGGAAUAUGGGAAGAACCCUUAUGACAACAUGUUGCGAAACAGAACACUUGAGGAUCUGUAUGAGAUCAACGGAAAGUCUCUGGGGAUGGAAUUCAUCACAGACGAAGAAGUUCUUAACAAAGGUUCUGUCUCCACAGACUUUGGGAACGUGUCAUUUGUACUUCCUGGCAUCCAUCCAUACUUCUACAUUGGUUCUAAUGCUCUGAACCACACAGAGGAAUACACUGUCGCUGCCGGUGAUGAUAAAGCUCAGUUCUUCACUGUGAGGACGGCCAAGGCUCUGGCCAUGACGGCUCUGGAUGUGCUGCUGAGUCCGGAGCUUCUGCAGAAGGUGAAGCUGGAAUUUGCUGAGGCAAAACUAAAGGAGGAACAAAGCAAAACACAACUGCUGCUCCGCUGAGUGCAAAUUAGACGCAACAAGGAUCCCUGCUGCCAAGAACACUGUGAAGAACAUUCUGCUGUGAAAUGAAGAAAUGCUGACAAAUUUUGGUUAUUUUUGUCUUCAGUCUAUCUUCCAUGUUCCAAUUACGUGAAUCCCACCUACACCUGUCCUACAGCAACCACUGCUUUCCUGCCUUUACCUGUCACCUGACCUGCCUUGAACUGGAACAAAACACAAAAUCACACACACACAGAAUAGGGAUAAACAGAUUAACAAUAAGUCUCUUACGUGAUUUGAAAAUAAUGUUUCACUUUUUUUUAAGUUAGUGAAGUCAAUAAACGAUGAAUAAUGUAAAAGUAUUCAAAAUAUUAAACAAGAAAAGCAUUCAGAGAGCGCAGUACUCCACCAAGGGUGUUCAUUCCCCCACAUGGCAUUGUCAGAAAUGCAGCAUUUUUUUUUUUUUUUUAGAAAUGCAGAAUUUGUUUAUUAGUUAUUGAUGAUCAGAAAUCACGGCACUAUAGAAUGUGGCCAUUUAAUAUAGAUGUACUCACAAACAAAAUGACCUUGCACUGAGCACAGGUGUGUUAUGCAUGUAUAGGUUAUAUACGGAUACAGAAUCGCGUGACCUUUUGUUCAGUCUAAACUUCCAGCAUUUAUCUUUGCUCUUUCUGUAGUUACAGCUUUCUGACUUUGUGAGGGAUGUUUUGUGACACUAUUUGUCUUCCACAUCCUGUACCUGUGUAGCUGCCAUGUAUAUGUUCUGUACAUAGGUUUUGUUCAAUAAUGUUUUUUUUAAUACUGAGACUAAUAGUGGAGUAAACUAAAUGUAUUUUAGAUAGUUUAAUGUCCUAUAACAAUUAUUUAAAAAUGUAUAUUAAAAAAGCAAGGCACUGAUUAAGACUUUACAAAACAUCUGUUACAAAAUUUACCUAAAACCCUCCAAACUUCCAGCCUUUGUCUUUACUGUUUUUUAGCUACUGCUUUCUGACUUUGUGAGGAAUGUUUUGUGACACUUUUGGUCUUCCACAUCCUGUAACUUUAUAGCGGCUAUAUAUAUGUUCUGUACAGACAUAGUUCAAUAAAGUUUCUGAGAAAAAGGG